AUGGACGCUAUACUAGCCAUGCCGAGAAGUGCCAAAGCUCUUUUAAUCGUACUUGGCCUUGGCGGCGUUUAUGUUGCAGAACGUCGCGUACGAGCAUAUAAUCGAGCUGCCAAGAUGCGGAAAAUGAAUCCUGGGUAUCCAGUCGAAGUGUAUGGAUUCGUAUCUAAUUUCGGGUACUAUAUCUCAGACCAUCUUCCUCAAUUUAUUCGAACCUGUUUUGGAGUUCCAGUUCCAAACGCGUCUGAUGCCGAUUGGAUCAAAUGGGACUCAAAGCAUACACUGUCCAAUCGUCAUCAUGAUGCUUAUGUGAUCUUUAGGAUCCACGCCGGAGAAGCUGCAGUCGUAAUCAAGGAUCCUGAAGCCGUCAUUCAAAUCACUCAAAGGCGUAUGGACUUUGUCAAGCCAAUAGAGCUAUAUGAUUCGGUUGCCUUCUUUGGGCACAAUGUUGUUACGGCCGAAGGCGAUGAAUGGAAGAGACAUCGCCGUAUCACUGCCCCUCAAUUCAGCACCAAGAACGACCGCCUCGUACACCAACAAACACUCCUGACCUGCAAAGAAAUGUUCGAAACAUGGAAACCUACCAAUGGUUCUCCAUCAUCAACAAUCGACGUCUCAAAAGACAUGAUGAAGCUAGCACUCGCCGUCAUAACGUCUGCUGGAUUCGGACUCAAAAUCCCGUGGGAAGACGAUGAACACCUACUCACACUUCCAAAGGGGCAUACAAUGUCAUUCAAGACAUCACUAGUAUUGAUUAUCAAACAUUUGAUUGAUAUCAUUGUAUGGAACCCUGUGCUUGCUAGUAUGAUUAUUCCUGGUGCGAAGGAUGCUGUGAGGGCUACGGGAGAGUUUAGAGAGUAUGUGAAAGAGUUGGUGAAUGAUGCGAGAUUGAAGAAGGGACAGGAGAGUAAUAGUGCGAAUUUGUUGUCUUCGCUUGUGAAUGCUACGGGGCUCGAUGCUGAGGGGCUUGAGAAGCAUGAUGGUGGGGAGGUUAAGCCGUUGAGUGAUUCUGAACUCAUGGGCAACAUAUUCGUGUUUCUUUUGGCUGGUCAUGAAACAACUGCCAAUACUCUUCAAUAUGCCUUAGCAUCUUUAGCUCUACAUCCAGACAUUCAAGAAAAGUUAUACGAGCAUUCUGUUAAAGUAGUCGGGAAGGGCAACGAUCCUGAGUUUUCUCAUUAUCCCGAACUGACAUUUGCCAUGAAUGUUAUGGACGAGACACUGCGACUAUACCCAAGUGUAGUCAACGUCCCUAAAAAAGUGUCACUGGACCGUGACCAGGUCCUCAAAACAUCCAAAAUAGACGUACUAUUACCAGCUGGCACAUACGUCGACCUAAUGCCAUGUAUCGUGCAAAGAGAUCCAAGGAUAUGGGGAGAUGAUGUCGAUGAAUUCAAUCCAGAACGAUUCUACACAGAACGUGCCAAGAAGGCUAAAGACUCUGGUGCUUUCUUGCCAUUUUCUGAAGGUUGGAGAAUGUGUCUCGGCAAACGAUUCAGUCAAGUUGAGUUUGUGACUGCUAUAACGGCAAUUAGUUUGAAUUGGAAGUGGAGCGUGAAGCACGGACAGAGCGCGGAGAUACUGGUUUCGAAUAACAAGGGGUUGACUUUGAGGCCAGAGCAUCCUUUAAAUUUGGUGUUUGAGCCGCCCGCCAAGCUCCGUCAACUGAACCCCGGCUACCCAAUCGAGGUGUAUGGAUUCGUGUCAAACUUUGGGUAUCUGUUGUCGAAUUAUCUUCCUCGAUUUGUCAAGCUAUUCUGGGGAGUUGAAACUGCCAAACGUUCAGUGGGCGAUGGUGGUACUGGAAAGACUACGUUCGUAAAGAGGCAUUUGACUGGUGAAUUUGAAAAGAAAUAUGUUGCCACUCUCGGAGUAGAAGUCCAUCCCCUUACCUUCUUCACAAACUUUGGAGCCAUUUGUUUCAACACUUGGGAUACAGCUGGCCAAGAAAAGUUUGGUGGUCUACGUGACGGCUAUUACAUUCAAGGACAAUGUGCAAUCAUUAUGUUUGAUGUGACAUCCCGAAUUACAUACAAGAACGUACCAAACUGGCAUCGUGAUUUAGUCCGAGUUUGUGAAAAUAUCCCAAUCGUGCUAUGCGGAAACAAAGUAGAUAUCAAGGAACGAAAAGUCAAGGCAAAAGCCAUCACAUUCCACAGAAAAAAGAAUCUUCAAUACUACGAUAUCAGUGCCAAGUCCAACUACAACUUUGAGAAACCAUUCUUAUGGCUAGCACGAAAACUUGUCGGCAAUCCCAAUCUGGACUUUGUCGCUGCACCAGCAUUGGCUCCACCAGAAGUCACAGUUGAUCCUGCCCUCAUCGCCCAAUACAACCAAGAACUACAAGAUGCUGCAGCCCACCCUCUACCUGCCGAAGAUGACGACGACUUGUAA